AUGAGUAUAAGAGGGGAUGAACACAAAACACAAAUGGAGUACCACAUUUUGACUCUCGGCACCAACUCGUGGCGAAAUAUUGAUUCCAUCCCCGUUGAGUUGACGUAUAGGUGCGCUUUUGAUGCUUUUGAUAAAUCUUAUUGCAUUGCGGGUGUUAUAUAUUCUUUCGACUAUAUAGCUGGUUGUAAAGGAUAUGCCAUAGUGGCUUUUGAGGUGGGACCUGAGAAGUUUCGAAUCCUCCAUCUCCCUCAAGGUAUGAUUGCUAAUAAUUCUUGCCAGUCUUUAAUAGAAGUUGGAGAACGUUUGGGUCUGAUAGAUUAUGAGUUGAAGACAAUCUGCAUAUUGGAAGAUUACGAAAACAACCUUUGGAAUAGGCGGAGUUUCUUUCCCGCCAAUCAUAAGAAACCAUUUACAGAUGGUGAGGCGGAACCAUUUGAACCAAUUGGUGCCAUUCAUACCGGUGAGAUUUUACUGAAGUCACAAAUUUCAAAUAAACUUUUUUUCGAUUGGGCUUAUUAUGAUAUGGAAAGUAAAAGAUCGAGGAUGGUUUAUGCUCUAUCAAACAUACCUGGAGAUGCAGAUGGUGACACCAUCUACAACAAGCAUGUGGAGAGCUUAUUUGGAUUGAAGAAGACAUAA